AUGGGGUCUAAAAUGGAUCUUCAGUUAGCCAACGAAAACUUAUUGGUUCUGAUCAACAUGCAAGAGGCUCUCUAUGCCCAAAAGGCAAAUAAAGCCAGGAAUCAGUCUGCUUUCAUCAGGGAUAAAGGCAUUGUUGAUAAUGUGCUUUUGGCCCAAGAAUUGGUACUAGACUUGGACAGAAUCAAUAGAGGAGGCAACUUAAUUUUUAAAUUGGAUAGCAAAAAGGCUUAUGAUACAAUCAGCUGGAAGUUCAUUGAACAGUGCUUCCAGAGGUUGUUAAAAGUUAGGAAGGAUGUUGAACAAUUGUAUGUCUCGGAAAUUGGCGAGGGCUUGGUUAACAUCUGGUGGGACAAUUGGUCCUUGGAAGGCUGCCUUCUUCAGGAUCAUAAUGCUUCAGCUGCUCCAGUGCUUGUGAAAGACAUAUGGGUUCAUGGCAAGUGGAACCUUACUCCAAUUCUUCCUUUCUGCAGCCCUUCUCAACUAUCCAAUAUUCAGAAGCUAUUUGUAAAACCUGGAGUUAAAGACAUAAUAGCUAUAAAAAAGAACCCAAUCCCUUCUCAGCCUCCCCAACUGGUGGUACACUGGGGUCAUACAAUCUGGAAUAAAUUUCUCACCCCAUCCAUGUCUUUUUUCAUAUGGAGACUCUUCUUAAAACUGAUUCCCACUGAUGAUAUUUUGAAAUUGAAGGGUCUGAGGGGUCCUUCCAGAUGCACUUUUUGCCAGUCCCAAGAGGAAACUAUUACCCAUCUUUUCUUUGACUACACCUGGGUACAGGAAGUUUGGCCUUUUGUGAAUGGUAAACUCAUGAUCUCAACAAUGAAUCUAACAUGGAAGAAUGUCAAGCUGUAUUUUGGGCCAUCACCUUUGCCAGAUCUUGCCUGUUAG